CUCUUGGAUUUUGCUGUUGAUAUUCGGCUGCAGGUCAAACUCAGUUCACGGUUUGAAUCAUACAGGUUAGAGCCUUGAAGACGAUGAGAGAGUUUGUAACAGUAGCUCUAUUGCUGGUUACCGUUGGACUUGGUUACGCCCAGGUCCAUCCGGAUAUCGCUGAGGACGCCUACUUGGAUUCCUUGGGACUGCUCCGCAAAUAUGGUUAUCCCGCCGAGGAGCACAUCAUCGAAACGGACGACGGCUACCUGCUGGGAGUUCACCGCUGUCCAGGCAGUCCGGUGUCUCCUCCGGCAACCGGAAAACCUGUGGUGUUGCUACAGCACGGAAUGCUGAGUUCUUCGGCUGACUACAUCCUGAUGGGACCGCAAACCAGUCUGGUGUACAUGUUGGCCGACGCCGGGUUCGACGUCUGGAUGGGUAACUCCCGGGGAAAUCGUUACUCCAACCGCCACCGUUCGAGGAACAAUCAGACGCAGGUAUUCUGGGACUUUUCCUGGCACGAGGUUGGCAGCAUUGACGUUCCGAAUGUGAUCGACUACAUCUUGGCUCGGACGGGACAGCAACGGCUGCAGUACGUGGGACAUUCGCAAGGAACAACGGUGUUCUGGGUCAUGAUGUCCCAGCAUCCGUACUAUAACCAACGGGUUAAGAGUGCCCAUUUGUUGGCUCCUGCCGCUUACAUGCACCGUACUCGCAGUCCUUACGUUAUAUUCUUGGCUGCGUAUCUGCACACUACGGAGUUGAUGCUGCAGAUGAUGGGUACGUACUACUUUGCUCCGACGGACGAGAUGGACAUUCAAGGUGGCAUCAAUAAUUGUCGAGAUGGGGCUCCGUUCCAACAGAUGUGUACGAUCACCACUUUCCUGAUGGCUGGAUUCAACUCUCAGGAAGUCAACUACACAAUGCUCCCGGUGAUGCACGGUCACUCGCCUGCGGGAGCAUCGUCCAUGCAGAUGAUCCACCACGCCCAAACGGUCCGAUCGCACAUCUUCCGGCAGUACGAUCACGGACCGACGCAGAACAUGAUCCGAUACGGAUCGUUGACCCCGCCCAACUAUAAUCUGAACAACGUCCAGGCACCGACCCUGCUGUACCACAGCACCAACGAUUGGCUGGCUACGCCGGAAGACGUCCUGCUCUUGGCCAGUCAGCUUCCGAACGUCCACAAGCGCUACCUGGUUCCGAUGCACGAGUUCAACCACAUGGACUUUGUCUGGGCCAUCAACGUACGCUCGCUGCUGUACAACGAGCUGUUGGCCGAUUUGCGAGCGUACGCUUGAUACGGUUUAUGGAUACUUGACGGAAGGAUACACGCUUGCUAACAAUGGUUUGAA